CUCAACAUCUACUAAAAAAUGAGCGGAAGAGGCAAAACCGGCGGCAAGGCCAGAGCAAAGGCCAAGACUCGUUCAUCCAGAGCUGGACUUCAGUUCCCCGUGGGCCGUGUGCACAGACUGCUGCGUAAAGGCAAUUAUGCUCAGCGUGUUGGCGCCGGUGCACCGGUCUACUUGGCUGCUGUGCUCGAGUAUCUGACUGCUGAAAUCCUGGAGUUGGCUGGCAACGCUGCCCGUGACAACAAGAAGACCCGUAUUAUUCCCCGCCAUCUGCAGCUGGCUGUGCGCAACGACGAAGAGUUAAACAAACUGCUCGGCGGAGUGACCAUCGCUCAGGGUGGUGUACUGCCCAACAUCCAGGCUGUACUGCUACCCAAGAAGACUGAGAAGUCAAAGUAAACCUGCUCCUUCUAAGUCUCUGAAAUAAAGGCUCUUUUAAGGGCCACCCAAA